AUGAUUAGUCUGUCGAAAUCAAUUCAAAUAUCUAUCUAUCUAUCUAUUUUAUUUAUUAUUUUAACGGGAUCUAUCUAUCUAUCUAUCUAUCUAUCUAUCUAUCUAUCUAUCUCUCUCUAUCUAUCUAUCUAUCUAUCUAUCUAUCUAUCUAUCUAUCUAUCUCUCUCUCUCUCUCUAUCUAUCUAUCUCUAUAUAUAUAUGUUAUCUAUCUAUCUAUCUAUCUAUCUAUCUCCCAGUCUCUUUACGUGUAUCCCAGUCUGUUCAAAUCAUAUCUAUCUAUCUAUCUAUCUAUCUAUCUAUCUAUCUAUCUAUCUAUCUAUCUAUCUAUCUCUUUUUGUAUCUCAGUCUCUUUACGUGUAUCACAGUCUGUUCAAACCAUAUCUAUCUAUCUAUCUAUCUAUCUAUCUAUCUAUCUAUCUAUCUCUUUUUGUAUCUCAGUCUCUUUACGUGUAUCCCAGUCUUUUCAAAUCAUAUCUAUCUAUCUAUCUAUCUAUCUAUCUAUCUAUCUAUCUAUCUAUCUAUCUCAGGAAAACAAGGGAUAUAAGAUCUAUCUAUCUAUCUAUCUAUCUAUCUAUCUAUCUAUCUAUCUAUCUCUGUUCUUCUUCAUAUCUAUCUAUCUAUCUAUCUAUCUAUCUAUCUAUCUAUCUAUCUAUCUAUCUAUCUCUGUUCUUCUUCAUAUCUAUCUAUCUAUCUAUCUAUCUAUCUAUCUAUCUCUGUUCUUCUUCAUAUCUAUCUAUCUAUCUAUCUAUCUAUCUAUCUAUCUAUCUAUCUAUCUAUCUAUCUAUCUAUCUCUGUUCUUCUUCAUAUCUAUCUAUCUAUCUAUCUAUCUAUCUUAAAUGUACUUACAUACGUUCUUUUUUAAUUACUUAUUCUUUCAUUCGUCGUUUUAUAAAUGCUCAUAUUCGUUUGUUUCAUAAUUGUUCGUUAUUUUAUGGUUGCGUUUAUUCGUUCAUUCGUUGUUUUUUUUCUUAUUCUUUCAUUCGUUGUUUUUUUUUUCUUAUUCUUUCAUUCGUUGUUUUUUUUCUUAUUCUUUCAUUCGUUGUUUUUUUUUCUUAUUCUUUCAUUCGUUGUUUUUUUUCUUAUUCUUUCAUUCGUUGUUUUUUUUCUUAUUCUUUCAUUCGUUGUUUUUUUUCUUAUACUUUCAUUCGUUGUUUUUUAAUUCCGUUUAUUUUUUUGUUCGUUGUUUUAUAA